GGGCCGCCCGCGGGGAAACGACGCUCGCACGCAGUCCCGGGCAGCCUCCGGGCUCUUCCUGCUUCUGGGCCGCGCAGGCCUGCCCCCUCAGCCGCGCCCGGGUCUUUGCUGCUGCCCUGCCCUGCCCGCAUCCCUUUUGUUCAGGCCGCAGGAUCCAGCAGCCAAGCGCCAGGACCAGACAUCCCAGCAAUGACCAGCUCUCCUGUCUCCAGAGUCGUCUACAACGGCAAGAGGAACAGCAGUCCCCGCUCUCCCACCAACAGCAGUGAGAUCUUCACGCCAGCACACGAAGAGAAUGUGCGCUUCAUUUAUGAAGCCUGGCAGGGUGUUGAGCGAGACCUGCGCAGCCAGCUCUCUGGCGGUGAGCGGGGCCUAGUGGAGGAGUAUGUGGAGAAGGUUCCCAACCCCAGCCUCAAGACCUUCAAGCCCAUCGAUCUGAGUGACCUGAAGCGCCGGAACACGCAGGAUGCCAAGAAGUCCUAGAGUGCCUGGCGCCCCUCCCCUGGCCUCCACAAGAUCAGGGUGCACUUGAUGUUGGUUCCCUCUGUUCCAGUGGCUCUGCUCCUGGGAGGGGGGAGGAGAGUGUGCUCUAGCGGGCCAUAAUCCCCAGAGCCAGCAGGAUUGAUGGUCAGGGCCCUUCCUUUCCUCUCCAGGGUGUCAAGGUGCCCCUGUCACUGGGGGAACAGGGGUCUGGCUGUGUCAUCCCCUGUCCCUUCCCCUGGCCAGCUGCAUCUUGGGUCGCACCUGGUCCUGCUCUCUCUGCUGUUACCUGCCAUGCCUCCUCGCCCUCUCCUUCCUGGCCACUCAGGGUCGGAAAGGGAAAAAGGGACCUCUGUUUCUUUGGCUGUUGGAACCUUGAAUGACCAGAAAUUAGGACAUGUGCAGUCCCACCUGCAUCUAGUGUGGGUCUCUCCAUGGAGACUUCUUCUGGCCUGGACGUUGGGGGAGCUCCCCUGUCCCCACUGUCCAUCUUGCCCCUUUCUGGCCUCAGUUUCAGAGUGGAGUCAGCUCUGAGCCGAGGACAGUGGUGGCCUCUAGCCACCAGGCCUGGUCUCCUGGGACCUGUAGCCCUGUGGCCACAGCAGUGCCCUUGAGCAGGGGCACUAAGACUGGCCUUGAAGGAGUGGUGCUGCCAGGCCUGUCCUGGCUUUCUGGGGUGUGCUGGGAGGAUUACCAAGGCCCCCUUUUCUUGUACCCUCUUGAAUCCAAGUGUCUGUGUUGGAGACUGAGGGUCUGUGAAUAAAGGCGGGUGGCACUGGAA